UGGGGAUUACAGACGGAUAACCUGGUCUGGUUCCUGUCACAGCGGCUGUACGUGGACUUGGUUGGAUCAGCUUGUGGAAAGGAAAGGAGACCUGUAACAGCACCACGCUGCCAUUCUCCUGACCUGGAGUUUGGGCCCAGGUCCGGACCAAAGGUCUGCCCGGCCCGCAGCAAGAGAUGAUUGACAGUACAGUAAGGUGGUGGUUGUUAUUAGGGGACGGCGAUACCUUCAGUCACAGCAUCAGUGUCAAGGGGCCACGAAAUCAGCUCUGGGUGUAGCGUUGUCGGUCAGAGAGGAGAUCUUACCAGAGAAUCGGGGGCCACGUUCACAGAAACAGCAGCCAGCGGUCUCUUCAGCUGAAUCGACGCCUGCGAUAACAAGUCCUGCACCUCCUGCUCAGCUGCUGUGAAAACCAAAAACCAUCCAACGCCCACAUUAAGCUCAGCAGAACCAACCCUUGACUGUCGCUUCUUGCCAACCUGUCAGUCCCAGCUACACCCACAGGUAACAAGUCAUGGCAUCAGAAGCACUGGAGCUGAUGGGUUUCUUCCUGGGUCUACUGGGGAUGCUGGGAACGCUGGUGGCGACCGUUCUUCCAUACUGGCGCACCUCGCCACACAUUGGCUCCAACAUCGUGACGGCUGUGGACAACAUGAAGGGCCUGUGGAUGGAGUGCGUGUACCAGAGCACUGGUGCCUUUCAGUGCGAAACCUACAACUCCAUGCUGGCCCUGCCCUCUGACCUGCAGGCCUCCCGUGCGCUGAUGGUCAUCUCUCUGGUGCUGUCCAUCCUGGCCAUUGCUGUGGCAACGUUGGGCAUGCAGUGCACCGUCUGCCUAGAGGGCACAGGCUCCACCAAGAGUCGCAUGGCGGGGGCUGGCGGAGGGUUCUUCCUCACUGCGGGCUUCAUGGCACUCGUGCCCGUGGCGUGGACCAUGCACGAGGUGGUCCAGACCUUCUACCAGCCCAACAUCCACACCAGCAUGAAGUUUGAGCUGGGCGAGUGUCUGUACGUGGGGCUGGCUGCGGCGCUUACGUCCAUACUGGGCGGUGGGCUGCUGUGUUUGUCCUGCUGCGAGGAGCGUGAUGGCGCCCGGGGAUCCAGGAGGCACGGUAGAGGGUACCCUUACCCGGCGGGAGCGGGAGCUGGGAUGCGGACAUCCUCGCAGACCUACCGCAACCCCACCCUCCAGUUGAGCGGGGGCAACCAGACAGCCGGAAGGGGGCAGGUUCUUGUGCGUAGCGCCAGCGCCAGCUCUCGUUCCAGCGCUCAAGGGGUCCGAGGCGUCAAAAAGUCUCCGCUGGAAUAUGACGUCAUGGGGUAUGUCUGAGGGGCAUCCCUGUGUAGGUCCAGAAACACGACCCCCUUUCACAUCAAACUCAAUCAAAAUUAUUUAUAAAGCAUGACAUGAAUAUGUUCACACAAGCACCAUGUUUUUCUCUGUGGUUGAUGGACUUGAUGUUAGUUGUGCUUCUCAGUGGACAUUUAAAACUAUUGAAAAACAAAAC